AUGAAGGAGAAGAACCCUCAGGGAGGGACGCUGUCGAAGAUGCCCAGUGGACUCGGGGCACUGAAGCCCCGAGCUGAGCCCAGCAGCCCUCGGGCCUCGUCGGCAGAGGCCGCCUGUGGGUGCUGCCCCGGGCGCGGGUUGCUCGGCAGACAGUCUGGGCCGAGGGCGGCCGCUGAUUGGCUGCGGCGCCGGGCGGAAGUGAUGCGGCUGUCACUGGCUCCGGCUCCCGGGAAGCCGCGAGUUUCCGCAGGGAGGCGGCGGCAGCUGCUGCGGCUGGGCCGGUCUGCAGCCUGUGCUCAGAAUCAACACCACUCAGCGAAGGUGACGCCUUUGCUUCAGUUGCACAAAAUGAAUGUGACGUGGUUAGCCAGCCCAGGAGCUCAACGUCACAGAGAGCCCAGGUGGGCAUGGGGCCCAUUGAAGACAACCAGACUGCAGUGUCAGCUGGAUAAGCCCGCUGCUCUGAUGCCGAAGGGGAGGCAGAAAGUGCCACACUUGGAUGCCCUCUUGGGCCUGCCCACCUGCCUCUGGCUGGAAUUGGCUGGGUUCUUCUUAUUGGCUCCCUGGGUCAUGGGCCUGGCAGGGGCAGCAGGUCCUGAUGCCCACGGCACAGUGGGGCUCAGCUGGGCUGUGCACCUGGACAGCCCGGGAGGUGAUCAAGAGGAAGAGCAUCUGGAGCAGCAAGCAGAAGCCGUGGCCCGGGCAGCAGGGCUGGUGAAUGCCGGGCGCAUUGGAGAGCUCCAGGGCCACUACCUCUUUGUGCACCCCACUGGGCCCAGCCAGGCUCUGGAGGUCCAGGUCAUCCGGCAGCAGGCCGAGGCCGUGCUAGCCGGGCACAAGGCCGUCCGCUGGCACUCAGAGCAGAGGCUGCUGAAACGGGCCAAGCGCAGCAUCCACUUCAAUGACCCCAAGUACCCACAGCAGUGGCACCUGAACAACCGGCGGAGCCCCGGCAGGGACAUCAACGUGACAGGUGUGUGGGAGCGCAACGUGACCGGGCGUGGGGUGACGGUGGUAGUGGUAGACGAUGGCGUGGAGCACACCAUCCAGGACAUCGCGCCCAACUAUAGCCCUGAAGGUAGCUAUGACCUCAACUCUAAUGAUCCAGACCCCAUGCCCCACCCGGAUGUGGAGAGCGGCAACCACCACGGCACGCGGUGUGCGGGCGAGAUCGCUGCGGCGCCCAACAACAGCUUCUGUGCGGUCGGCGUGGCCUACGGGAGCCGCAUAGCAGGCAUCCGGGUGCUGGACGGGCCCCUCACAGACAGCAUGGAGGCCGUGGCGUUCAACAAGCACUACCAGAUCAAUGACAUUUACAGCUGCAGCUGGGGCCCGGACGAUGAUGGGAAGACAGUGGACGGCCCUCACCAGCUUGGAAAGGCCGCCUUGCAACAUGGGGUGAUGGCCGGCCGCCAGGGCUUUGGGAGCAUCUUCGUGGUGGCCAGUGGUAAUGGGGGUCAGCACAAUGACAACUGCAACUAUGAUGGCUACGCCAACUCCAUCUACACCGUCACCAUAGGGGCUGUGGAUGAGGAGGGACGGAUGCCUUUCUAUGCCGAAGAGUGCGCCUCCAUGCUGGCCGUCACCUUCAGUGGUGGGGACAAGAUGCUCCGGAGCAUCGUGACCACUGACUGGGACCUUCAGAAGGGCACUGGCUGCACAGAGGGCCACACAGGGACCUCUGCGGCUGCUCCUCUGGCAGCUGGCAUGAUAGCCCUCAUGCUGCAGGUACGGCCCUGUCUCACAUGGCGCGAUGUCCAGCACAUCAUUGUCUUCACAGCCACCCAGUAUGAAGACCGCCACGCUGAUUGGCUCACCAAUGAAGUGGGCUUCAGCCACAGCCACCAGCACGGCUUCGGCCUGCUCAAUGCUUGGAGACUGGUCAACGCCGCCAAGGUCUGGACAUCUGUCCCUUACUUAGCUUCCUACUUCAGCCCUGUGCUGAAAGAGAACAAGGCCAUUCCGCGGUCCCCCCGCUCGCUGGAGGUCCUGUGGAACGUCAGCAGGGCGGACCUGGAGACGUCGGGGCUGAAGACCCUGGAGCACGUGGCUGUGACAGUGUCCAUCAGUCACCCCCGCCGCGGCAGCCUGGAACUGAAACUCUUCUGUCCCAGUGGCAUGAUGUCCCUUAUCGGCGCCCCCCGCAGCAUGGACUCGGACCCCAGUGGCUUCAAUGACUGGACCUUCUCCACCGUGCGGUGCUGGGGAGAAAGAGCGAAAGGCACAUACCGUCUAGUCAUCAGAGAUGUAGGUGAUGAGCCGCCCCAGCUGGGCAUCCUCCAGCACUGGCAGCUGACCUUGUAUGGCUCCAUGUGGAGUCCGGCCGACAUCAGGGAAAGACAAAGGCUGUUAGAAAGUGCCAUGAGCGGAAAAUAUCUGCACGAUGGCUUCACUCUACCCUGCCCACCUGGGCUGAAAAUUCCUGAGGAAGAGGGUUACACCAUCACCCCUAACACCCUGAAGACCCUGGUGCUGGUGGGCUGCUUCACCGUCUUCUGGACCAUUUACUACAUGCUGGAGGUGUACAUGAGCCACAGGACUGUGGCUUCCACCCAGGGUUGUAGGAACGGACCCUGCCACUGGCCCCAGCGGAGCCGGAAGUCCAGGGAGGAAGGGACAGAGCUAGAAUCAGUGCCGCUUUGCAACAGUAAGGAUCUGAGCGGAGCAGAGGCAGAGAGCGGGGGCCCUCCCACCACCUCUGACCUCCUUGGCCCGGACUUGCUCUGUGAAGGGGACUGGACUCUGUCCCAGAACAACCAGGCUGCCCUGGAUGGCCCCUAUCAGCACCGACCUCCGGACCUGUUGCAGGGGCAAGAGGAACAGAUUUGCUGACCUCAGGGCCUGGACGACUUGGAGUAGGACAGGCUGUUCCUCCCCAAAGCUGGGGAAGCUCCUCCCAAGUUUAGGGAGCUCUGGGGAGAAAGUAAUCCUGAUGCUUACAUCGGAAUCAGAAAUGCCUCAGCGGCAUUCUCUGGCUACCCUCAAGGAUGGGGGGCCCUUCGUAAGCAAAAGCGGUAGAAGACUGCCAGAGGACAGUGUGGAGAGAGGACAGGGUCCUCCUCCAGCCGACUGGAUGCUUCCGAUGAGCAGGCCUUGCCAAGGGACUGACACUCACGUUGGCAGAGUUGCCACCACCGUUUCUCUUGGGCAAGCCAGCAACACCGGUUAUAGGGGUCACUACCAUGUGGGUCGAGAACGGGCCUGUGUGGCCAGGAGAGUCCUCAACAGGAAUGUCACCGAGAUGCCUUGGGAAGGAAUGUUUCGGGAGACAGAGACCCCGGGAAGAGCCCAGCUGUGCUGUGCUAAAAGCAGCACCUGCACUAGCCUUUCCCAGGCAUGGCGCUCCUGGGCAGUGCCAACCUGGAACGUGCGCUGCCUCCCUUCCAAAAGAUUGGCGCAGUGGUCCUGGCAUAGCUCCCAGGGAGAGACACAGCUCCCCAGGGUCCACACUGCUUCACUAGAGAGGUCUGUGGCCAGACUGAGGAGCAGGUAAGAGGCGUGAGUGUUCCAGGAGAAGCCACUCAGCCCUGCGACCACCCUGUCUUCCUCUGCAAAGUGCUCAGGGAAACGCCCUUCCCCCGGAGGCCAUGUCUGCCGGACAACCUCUGUCUUUUCCUCCCAUUCUUGGCCUCCUUCCUUCAUCUGAGCUGAUUGAUUGAUUGAUUGAUUGAUUGAUUUGAAUUUUUUAUGCUUAAAAUUUGAUUUUCUUUUUUCACAGCAACAUUUUGUUGAACUUUUUUCUGCACAGCUUUUCCAAAAUAAAGACCUUCCAAACAA